AACAAGUCCAAAUUUUAAUAGCGAUUGAAUUUGGGGGAAGGGGGAAAAAAGGGCAGAGCAAGUCUUGAAAUCACCCUUAGCAUGUUAAAGAGUUUUCACUGCAUCUGAAGGAACGAAGAUGUCAAUUACGUCUGCGCUUCAUCAUUCAAGUCGAGGGACUGCUACAGAUCAAAAUGAGAAAGAGCAAGGCCCCAUCGACCAGAAGAGGAGAGAUCCAGAACCUCUUUAACAAUUAUGCCUCGGGCCAGACCACAUUACCUGCCUCCUCCCUACUCGGGUUCCUCCACAAAGAACAGAUGGAGCUCGAUGCUGAUGAGGCCGCGGCUGAGAGUUUGAUCGAGAAAUAUGAAAUCGAGGAGAAGGCCGUUGAAAGUCAGUGCAUGACAUUUGAAGGCUUCCACCGCUACAUGGAGUCCAAAGACUGCUGCAUUUUUGAGCAGACCCACACAUCUGUCUACCAAGACAUGAACCAGCCGCUAACAAGCUACUUCAUUUCGUCGUCACACAACACUUACCUUAUAGGUGAUCAACUGGUAGGCAAAAGUCACCUGGAUGCCUAUGUUAGUGCUCUGAGGAGAGGUUGCCGCUGUCUGGAGAUAGACUGCUGGGAUGGGCCAGGUAUGGAGCCCAUUGUUUACCAUGGUUACACCCUGACAACAAAGAUCCUCUUCAAGGAUGUAAUCACAACAGUAGAACAGCAUGCCUUCGAGGUGUCUGUUUACCCGGUUAUCCUGUCUCUGGAGAACCAUUGUUCCAAGGAGCAGCAGGAAGUCAUGGCCCACUACCUCACUUCCAUACUGGGGAACAAGCUGCUAGAUGUGCGUUUGGAUCACCAAACCACGGGAGACCUUCCAAGCCCGAACGACCUAAAGUAUAAGAUCCUGAUCAAGAAUAAAAAGCUAAAGCCGCGCACUAGGAUAGAAGGAGCAUCAGGGACAGAGGCAGAAGACAGUGCAGAUGAGGGUGAGGAGGAGGAGGAAGAGGAGGAAGAAGAUGAGGAGGAGGAUCAACAGAGCAGAUCAAAGUUCUGGUCCCCGAGAAAGGCAGGCUCAAAGAAGAAAAAAAAGAGGGUGGUGGUGGCGGAGAAACUGUCCGACCUUGUCAUAUACACCGUGUCUGUCAAGUUCAUCAGCUUUGGUCACUCGAAAGACAGUCAGAACUCCUGUGAGAACACAUCUAUGGCUGAGAAAAAAGCCCGCAAGCUGGCAAAAGUUUCAGGUAAAGACUUUGUUCUACACAACCAGAGGUUCCUAAGUAGGAUUUAUCCAGCGGGCUCCAGGACGUCGUCAUCCAACUACAACCCACAGGAGUUUUGGAAUGUUGGCUCGCAGCUUGUGGCACUCAAUUUCCAGUCCCCAGGAUUGCCUAUGGACCUUAAUGAUGGCCGUUUCCAAGACAACGGAGGCUGCGGCUACGUCUUGAAACCCGCCGUGCUCAUGACCAGCGAAAGGUGCUUCGAUCCCAGCUGCAGUCAGCGCGGCAUUCCACCAACACAUUUGCUGCUCAAGGUGAUUAGUGGGUCCAAUCUACCAUUACCCAAGAGCGGCAAGACUCUGGACCCAUUUGUCAGAGUUGAGAUUCAUGGGAUUGGAUCCGACUGCAACAGAAAAAACACAAGCACAGUCAAAAACAACUCGCUGAAUCCUUUUUGGGAUACCGACAUGAACUUCCGCAUCAGCGUUCCGGACCUGUGCCUGGUCCGUUUCUGUGUCCGAGACCAGACCGGCUUUCUAUCCAGUGAUUUUGUGGGUCAAUACACGCUUCCCUUCAGCAGCUUAAAGAAAGGCUAUCGCUGGGUCCCACUUUGGUCCCGAGACGGAUGCAGCUUGGAUCCAGCGUCUCUUUUCGUCUUUGUCUGGUAUUCCUAAAAAGAUCUCAAAUCGACACUCGCAUGCUUAUAGAAAAACAAGUGCCACCGACGGAGAUGAGUGCAGCACAGCAACACAACAAAAAGAUGCAAAUAAAUCAGACGGUUGCAUCUGCUGUUAUAAAUACCAGUUUUAUUGUUUGAAAAUAGAUGUGCCAUAUUCCUGCUAGUGCUGCACAAGGGAAAAGACCAGAAUACUCCAACAAACCAACAUCUCUAUUUUACAGCUUGUAUAAACUGAAGUGAAGGGGAAAAUCCCUGGAGUGAAAUUGUAGUUUCCUGGUGACAAAAUUAAUAUUUGAAGCCAGAUUCAGUUAAUGUGAGCAAAGUUGUUUUCCCUCUCAGAACGAUAAAUGCUAUGCUUUUAUUGUGGUUGGGACCUAACAAGUGGUGCCAGGUUACACUAACACUCCACUUAGCUCUACUAUGAAAGAAAGGAUCUUCUUUUUUCAUGCCCCAAAGCAUUACUCUUUCUCUCCCACGUGAGGAAUCCAGCAGGGAAUCAUAUAAAUAGCAUCCACAGAGGUAUACAUUAUUGAAGUAAAUCCAAUGAAGCAAAGUCUAUUUCUGUCCGGCUUCAUCACCAAAUCCAAAAUCCCAUAAAUGAGACUUUCAGAGGAGAGCUGAGCAGGCCUGUCAGCUGGAGGAUGGCAUGAAGAUAACAUGAGGACCUGCCCGGCAUACCUUACAGCUCUGUGGUAGCUGUGUGGGUGGUACCCACUCAUGUGGGAAGUGUAGGUUUCAAGUUAAACUUAAGUCCCAUGGGCCAGGUCUCGAAUGUGUUGCCUCCAUGAAAGUUAGUCUCCAGUUCACAUGUGAGUCGUUGCCUCAUGUACAAGUCAUACACAAGUAAAUGGACUGCAGCUCAACUUUAUGGUUAUCGUUGUGCUUUUGGCUCAAACUUGAAAAAUGCGUUAAUACAGCAGUAUUUCAACAGCCUGCAGAUACAAUAACAAAUGAAGCUUUUUGAACUGUUGUUGACAAAAUAAUAUAUUUGAGCUGUUGCCGUUCUAUUAUAGGUGUCAUCGACUCUUGUUUAAACCAAAGUAAAAAUUUUGGGGAUUCUUUAAAAUGUAUAGUAAAGUAAAAAGCUACAAAAGAAAUACUCAUCAAAGUUAAAUCCAGCUGAAUUGUCAUGAAGCAGUGAUUAUUUCAUAUAACCUACACUUAACUUAAAUUACUACUUAAUUCAUGCCGGUUUUGUCACAAAGAAAUCAGUGCCUUUCUGCCAUGAAUAUCUAUCUAUAUAUAGUAUAUAUUUGAUAGUGAUCCCUCGCUACUUCGGUCUUCAAACUUAGCAUCUUUAGUCCAUUGUGGAUUUUUUUUACAAUUGAAAAAGAAAUAAAUAAAUGCAGUAUUUUAUAGAGCUUUCCCGAUCCGAUCACGUCGUCUUUCACUCUCGCUCCUGCCGCUUUUCUUGGUCAGGCAGUGCACUGGAAUUGCUUCUCAAAGUAAACUAUGAUUCACAGACGUAAAUGUUUGAUUUCGCUAUAGACGCAUGGAAGCCGAAUUUUCAAAGCGCAGCAUAUGUCAAUCAUCGUUUAAUUUGUUAAACAGUUGCUGUGGCAACUUACUGUAAGUGAGCAGCUUGAACAGAUAUGAGUGGACACACUCCAUGAAGCAUUCAAUAAAGACAAGCAUUUUUCUAUGUUGUUCUUGUUUAAAAAUAAUUCAGUGGUAACGUUUAAAACUUAUCAUAAUUAUUAUAUUUGAAAUGAUUAAAAAACAGUUAUUAAAAUAUAUAUACAACCGUCCCAAAGUUUGGGGUCCCUUUGACCCCAAACCUUUGAACCGGAGUGUACAUAAUGAAAAAUCCCAUAUGAUACACUCCCCAAACUUUUGAACGGUAGUGUAUAUCCCUAAAAGUUUUUUUUCUUCCCAUUAUACUUCGGGGGAAAAAAGGGGAAAAAAACGUCUUAUGUUUUCCAAUGCUAAAUCUGAAUAAAUAUAUUGAACUUACAACUACUUUGCAGAUUUUCACAUCACGGGGAGUUCUGGACUCCAUUAACCGCAAAAAAUGAGGGAUCACUAUAUAUACAGUCUCCCACAAAAGUGAGUACACCCCUCGCAUUUCUGCAGAUAUUUAAGUAUAUAUUUUCAUGGGACAACACUGACAACAUGGCACUUUGACAUAAAUGAAAAGUAGUCUGCUUAUAUAAUAGAGAAUUUAUUUCCCCUCAAAAUGACUCAAAAUAUAGUCAUUAAUAUCUAAACC